AUGGCCAGCGCAUUCGAGCCGGCAGAAGAAUUUGAGGACCGCUGGAAAGACUGCACCGUUAUAUUCGGUAAUGAUGAACUGAAUACGGUGAUCCUCUUACCGGACCAGCAAAUACUGGUAGAGACUGAAGACCAGCUUAUCUACUUCAGAGAUGAAGACGCCGUGAUCUCUGAAGACGAGGUCAUGCAGUAUCACGUGCUAGCACGAUGCCAACAUCUCACAUGCGACCCUACAAAGAAGCCAAGGAACAAAGCGAAUGGAGAGGAUAUGAACGACAAUGAGGCCCUAAUACUCUCUAUCUCGAAUGGCAAGUCGGUUUACAUCGGACAGUCAAUGCACAUGGAUGGCCAUGCGAUCGCAUCGGCUACCAACGAAGACAAGCAUUCGGCCGCGUUCGAUUUUAAGGGCCUUAAUCUGAAGUCCGAACAGCAAAAAAUCAUAACCGGCUCUGGAACAAUCCCGCAUUUCGUAGUGAGCUCGAAGUUCAAUCUCAAGAAGGCCAAGCAACUCGUGCAUGCGAAAUCCCUGAAAUCAUUCUACAGACAGGAAUAUGAAUUGCGGGGUUACAUGAAUAUCGAAGAAUGCCGAAUAAAGCCAGGAGACAGCCUGAAUGGGGCAUAUAGGUUCCCAAACCUAAGCCCAGGGGAAAGGAACCAGCCCCUGGAGGAGAUUGUGUCGCACGCGGAUAUUGUGCCGGACGUCUUUCAAUUCAAGGUUCCACUUACGGUAACUUUGGAAUACCCAGAAGAGCUUGACGAGACCCUGCGAAUAUUUGCCUUGGAACACACCGAGGAUAUCCUCCCUCGGAACAUGCUACGUCUACCAUCUACUAUAUCUGCUACAUCUACUACCACCUACUACCACCUACUACCACCUACUACCACCUACUACCACCUACUACCACCUACUACAUCUACUACCAUCUGA